AGCAAGAAAAGAAGGGAAAUAAUAUCAAACAAGCAUAAACGUGUGAGGGACACAACUUUAAGAGGAAAAAAAGAAAAAGAACAUACUUCUUAAAUUUGCCUUUUAUAGAAAGGGUUUUUAUCAUGUUCUGCAAAAAGUUCUGUUUAAGUGAACAGGAAGCGAUGGACGGUACCCUGGUCACGUGACAUGGGCCAGCUCAUUCUUAUGAAGGCGGGGGGGGUAUCUCAGCACACAAGAUAGGAAUUUCUUUUGUUGUUACAGAAAACAAAAAGUGAAAAAAGCGCAGGCGGCCCUGUCUCUAUUAUUACUAUAUUAUAGUAAUAUGUAUUGUUAUAUGUCCAAAGAUAUCAAUGCUAUAUAAGUUACAUGUGAGUAUGAAUGUGGCUAUUCGCUGGUUCGAAGAGCUCAUCCCUACCGGAAGUACGUCAUUAGGCUUUCCGCGCGCGGGCUUGAAUGAAAGACGCUCAAAUUAUGACAAGGGCAAGAGUUACAGUAAGUGAGCAAACAAGCAGCGCGAAGACAACUUUGUAAACAUGGCGACUCCACCGAAGAUAGCGCGCGCUUUUUCCACUAGUCCGAACACGGCGGUAAAUUUCCCCCGCCGACACAAAAAGAUUUCAAUCGAAGGAAAUAUAGCGGCCGGGAAGUCCACUUUUGUGCGUAUCCUUCAGAGGGCGUCAUCAGAGUGGGAGGUUAUACCAGAACCCAUCGGCAAGUGGUGCAACGUCCAAAAUGACAGCAGGGACGUUUACCAGGAGCUGACUUCCUCCCAGAAGAGCGGAGGAAAUUUGCUCCACAUGCUUUACGACAAACCCAGUCGUUGGUCCUAUACCUUCCAGAGUUAUGCAUGUCUCAGCAGAGUUCGCUCUCAGCUUCAGUCGCCAUCAGUGAAACUUCAGCAGGCAGAAAACCCCGUUCAGUUUUACGAGCGUUCCGUUUACUCAGACAGGUACGUGUUUGCAUCCAACCUGUUUGAGUGUGGGAACCUGAGUGAGACGGAGUGGAGCGUCUACCAGGAUUGGCACAGGUGGUUGCUGAGCAACUUUGAGGAGGACAUCGCCCUGGACGCCAUCAUUUACCUGAGAGCCAAGCCACAGUGCUGUAUGCAGCGUCUGAUCCAUCGCGGCAGAGAGGAAGAGCGUGACCUUCCUGUGGAGUAUUUGGAACAACUCCACCUCAAACAUGAAGACUGGCUCGUCCACAGGGCGCUCAGAUUGGACUGGGACUACCUGAAUGAACUUCCUGUCCUCGUUGUGGACGCCAACGAGGACUUCCAGAACGACGGCAUCAAACAGGAAGCGAUGGUUGAUCAGGUCAAAGAGUUUGUCUCCACGUUGUCCAAGACACUUUGACCUUGGACUGCAUCCAUAUUUGUAGAUAACUGAGCCACACUACUGCACCUGAACGCACCGUAAGAGGAUUCUCUUUUUUGAAACAUGUCAUGUCCAUCCAGUGAGGGUUUUUUUUUUCUCUUUCAAAUGUGUGACAAUGUUUGCUUG